AUGGAGCACUGGAGUAGCGAGAUCCAGAAUCAUGUGCACAACUUUUUCAAUCAUCGACAAGUGAAUAUUCUGGUGACAUCGGUGUUGAUCUUCGUAUCGAUCUACUUUUCGAUCGUCACCGCACUUGGGCAACACGUUUUUCAUCCAUUUGGAAAUGCGAAUGAUACACGAGCAGAUCUAUCAAUUGAUGUGGGUGGAGAGGUGGUGAAGUCGUCGAUGUCGCUAUUUUUCGUCAUCUCAUUGGGAUUGUUGGGCGGGCGACUAUUUUUCUACGUUCGUCUGCCGCCAUCGAUUGGCUGCCUCCUACUCGGCAUCGCUCUCCGCAACAUUCCAAUCAUCAACGAAUGGCUUUGGAUUCAUCCAACGUGGGAUCUCCUACUCGGCAAGCUUUCAUUCGCCGUCUUGCUCGUGCGUUGUUGUCUGGGCAUCGAUUUGUCAACGGUGAUCACGACUCCGGUGGUCCUGUUGGCGUUGGGCGGCUUAGCGCCACUCCUUGAGUCGACCGCCAUCUGCCUGGCUGCUCAUCUCAUUUUUGCGUUCCCGCUCGGCAUUAGUCUUAUCUUUGGUCUUCUCCUCGGUGCCACUUCGCAAGCUGUCAUCAUCCCAUCGCUGUUGAAUUUACAGAAUAAGAAUCUCGGCACGGAUAAGGGAAUCCCAUCACUGAUCGUUGCUUGUGCCUCUAUCGAUAACCUUCUAUUGGUCAUUUUGUACUCAGUGAUCCAGAAAUUCGUCUUCUCACCGGAAGCUCCAGUUGAGAUCAUUUUGGCAACGAUUGGAGAAGUGGUGGCGAGUGUGCUUGUCGGGAAUCUUUUGGGCUGGCUACUGUGGUGGUUCCCGCGUCGUGGUGACACUUACACGCAUUUGGCGCGAACGAUUCUCCUUGUUUCCCUCUGUGUCGCACUGUUGUUCUCGUCGGUUAGACUGAAUGUCGAAUUCGCUGGGGUGAUCUCGUUGGUGACCACGUGUUUGACGGCGAUCCGUAUGUGGCGGGUGGACAGCGAGAAAAAGACGUUCAUCGAGGAGAAAACGUUUGCCACUUUCUGGAAUCUCAUCUUUCAGCCGAUUCUUUUCGUGAUGUUCGGCAUGAAAUUUGAUAUACCGAAUACAAGCGGUCAAACAGUUGCCAUUGGGCUGGCAAUUCUGGGAAUCGGUGUCGGGAUUCGCGCUCUAGCCGUCAUUCUACUCACUCUCUGCUCGGGACUGAGUUUCGCCGAGCAACUCGUCUUUGUUGGAUCGUUUUUCCCAAAAGCCACUAUACAGGCUGUUCUCGCGCCAUCGAUCGUUUUGGCCGCUUCUGGAUGGUUGGAUCUUCUACCGUACUCGCAAAUGAUUCUCGCAAUCUGUGUGGUUUCGAUUCUGAUCACCGCUCCACUUGGGCAACUGUUUCUUGAUGUAUGCGCUCCACAAUUGCUGAGAAAGGAUUUUGUUCAAUCGUGUCCGGAUCUAUUCCAGGUGAACAUCACACCAUCUGGCGGUUAUUAUGGAAGUUCGAAAAUCGAUCAAGAUGGCUUUGAUCCAUCGCUGGGACAAGGCGGAUACGUGUCAUACAAUGAAUUGAAGAGUAGUCUGGAAAGGGAAAGACAAGAGAGACAACAACAAAGAGCACAGGAUAGUCAUCAAAUGGAGAACGUGUGGAGUGGAGGGAAUAAUGGAAUACCGAUCGAGGAUCAGGCCCGUGACUACGAGCGCUAUGUGGAUCAGAGACUCAAAAACCCCUCAAAUGCUCGUGACGAUCUGCCGGUGAUCGUCUCCUCUCCACCCCCGCAAGUCGAGCGUUUCCCCACUCCGUCUUUCAUGAAAAAACCACCUCCAUCGCAGAAUAGCCCGAGUUUUCAGCGAUUC